AUGGCGACGCUCACCCCGCAAGAGCAACAGGCUGCGACCGAUGCCUUGAACGCCAAGGACUUCAGCGCCGAAGAAGUGAAGCUAGCGCAGCGUUCUGUGGAUCGGCUUGUGCAGAAGAAGGGUCGGACUCCGACGCAAGAUAUGGUCAUGAUGUUUUGUGCUCUCAGGCGAGCCAGAGGACAAGGAGCGCGCAUCAAUCUAUCCAUGCUGGAGGGCUGGACCGGUCAGAUGAGGCAGUCGACCACGGUCAAGCAGUCGCUUUACGUUGUGCAACAAGAGUCUUCAGCCCUAUCGAACCCAAAGGUUGCAGAGGGCAUUGUGCCUGCCAGUGACCUUGCAGAUGUCCCACCGGGUCUUUUGGAGCAGGGUGUGGUGUUCGUUGACCCGGUGGUGCCCCGCGAGUUGUUGGGCAAGAACGUCAGCGUGAUUGAGUUAGCCUUGGGCGUGCAUCGCUCCAGAGACAUAUCAGCCUCGCCCCACGCUUUGGGGGGAGAUCAGCAAACAGUUGUGCCCGCGGGAGAAGCCUCUACAGACAAUGUGGCGGAACCAGCCCCAAGCGCUUCGUCCCAAGACCUGCCGGAGGCAAAGCGCCAGCGGCUGCUGGUCCCUAGGAUGAGCGAAGAGAUGGGGGCUGACUCUGCAGCUGAGGAGAUCGCAGAGAACUGCAAGCAAGCUUUCUUGGCGGGCCGCAUCUCCUCCCAAGACGCACUGGACAGCACAACGGUGCUAUUCUGGGUGCAGCGCUAUGUGGAACACGUCACCAAGGCCUUUGAGGCUUUCCAAGGCGAACCUGCGCAGUUUCGUGGCGGUCUGAAUGUGUGA